AUGAACCAAUCGCCGGACGAGGCUCGUGCUGCUAGGAUACAGAAAUAUAAAGAAGAAAGACGAAAGCAGCUGAUGGCUAAAACAGCGACGCUUUUCUCUGCUAAUGUUUCAGAUAGGCGGUCAAAGAAAACAGCUAAACGCACGCCAUCAGAAGACGCUGCUAGUAAUCUCAAGUCUUCAUCGGAGGUAAAUCUCAAUACUGCUUCAACAUCAGUGCCUAUAAGAACGACCAGAACAUCUCGCUUAAGGGCUGCUGCUGCAAAUCACGCUGAUUCCUGUACGUCUUCUAAGAAAUCUAACAAUAGAAGUUCUUCAGUGCAUUCCUUAAUAGAAGAUGAUAAAACAAAGAAUCCAAAAAAUACUAAACUUAUCGAGAGACACAAAGCUCGUACGCAAAAUAGAAGGCAAAACAAUGAAAAAGAAAAUUUAAAAAGUAAUUUGACAACAUGUGUUUCAGAUAAAGAAAUUGGUGCUAUUAGAACGAAACUUAAACAUUCCAUUAAUAAAAAUAUAUUAGCAAAAGACAAAAGUAAUUUUAUAGUCAGUAGUUCAAAUGAGAAAAUUGUUGACGAAAUGAAUAGUUCUAAAUUUGAUGACAAGAAUAGGAAAUCAUUGACCGAAGAAACAGAAUUAGUUAAUUUAAAAAAUGAAGAAAAAAGUGACAAUUUAGAGGAAAUUUUUAAUAACAUACUAGGUGAUAAAAGUCUUUCAAACAGUAUGGAGAAAGAGACGUUUGAAAACUUAUUUAAUGAUAUUGUAGUCGGGAACAAUAUUAAAGAUGUUGAUGUUGAAAUUAGGAUUAACGAUAAAACCUUAGACGAAAACUUAUCGCAUCAACAAAGCGAGCUCAAAAAUAGCAGUAAAAAUUCAUACAUUCCUAUUAUAAAACAAACACAGUGUAAUAAUAAAAAUGAUGAUAAUUACGUAAAAGUUGAAGACAGUUGUGAUGUGCCAAAAGUGAAGGAAGCGGAAGUUGGAAGUUUGUUGGGGGCUGUGUGUGUGCGCAAAGUCGAAAGGUUUAGUGAAUUGCUCAGUAAUCUAUGUUCACCGUGUGAAGCUGAUUUGUUGUUUGAGGACAUUUUAGUUGAAAGUGGAGUUAAUGGCGAUGGUAGUCCGCGCACAAAGGCUCCAGAAUGUACACCUCCGUCUCGUCGGGUGCAGCCAUCUGCCCGUACACCCGGCACACCGAAGCGCCCUGGCGUAGCUUCGGUCGCAAACAAUGGAGAUGGGUAA